UGACUUUCUCGCUCUCUCUAACAGCACUGGCUGACCUGCGGAGUACAUUCAGCAAGUGCCUACAGCGGCUCCUUCCCGCCCCCUCGCUCGCACUCUGCGCCGAGGUACGGGGUCCGGACAGGCGGCGGGAGCGACUGGACAGGACUCCAUGCCUGGACCGAAGGAUCGGCCAAGGGGAAGGCAUGAAGCGAUUGGGUAUAAGGGUUCUGAGCACCACAGUUUUCCUCUACUUGUUGGAAGCAAACGGUAGCCUCAGGCCAGCACCAUCAACAGAAGCUGAGAGAAAUCACCCCACCUCUACACCACUGUCUCCAUCUGACUUCCUUGACAAGCUCAUGGGGAAGACCUCAGGCUACGACGCACGCAUCCGUCCAAAUUUCAAAGGUCCACCUGUGAACGUCACCUGCAAUAUUUUUAUCAACAGCUUUAGCUCUGUGACUGAGACGACCAUGGACUAUAGGCUCAAUGUGUUCCUGCGGCAACAGUGGAACGACCCCCGUCUUGCAUACAGUGAGUAUCCUGAUGACUCCCUUGACAUUGAUCCUUCAAUGUUGGAUUCCAUCUGGAAGCCUGACCUGUUCUUUGCCAAUGAGAAAGGAGCCAGCUUCCACGAGGUGACGACAGACAACAAGUUAUUGCGCAUUUUUAAGAAUGGCAAUGUCUUGUACAGCAUCAGGCUCACCUUAGUUCUCUCAUGCCCCAUGGAUCUGAAGAAUUUCCCCAUGGAUGUUCAGACAUGUGCCAUGCAACUGGAGAGCUUUGGCUACACAAUGAACGAUUUGAUAUUCCAGUGGCUGGAGGAGGAGUCUGUUCAAGUUGCCGAGGGUUUAACACUCCCACAAUUCAUCCUGAACGAUGAGAAAGACCUCGGUUACUGCACCAAGUCCUACAACACAGGCAAGUUUACCUGCAUUGAAGUGAAGUUCCACUUGGAGAGGCAAAUGGGCUACUACCUCAUCCAGAUGUACAUUCCCAGCCUGCUCAUCGUCAUCCUAUCCUGGGUGUCUUUCUGGAUUAAUAUGGAUGCUGUUCCGGCCCGGGUCGGACUGGGCAUUACCACUGUUCUCACCAUGACGACGCAGAGCUCAGGCUCCAGGGCCUCACUACCAAAGGUCUCCUACGUCAAAGCCAUUGACAUUUGGAUGGCCGUGUGUCUCCUGUAUGUUUUUGCUGCUUUACUUGAAUACGCCGCAGUCAAUUUUGUAUCUCGACAGCACAAGGACUUCGUAAGGCUACGGAAGAAGGAGCAAUCGCAAGUGGCUGCAGAAAGAAGAGACUCGCUAAAGCCUGAAGAUGAUCCAAAGAGCCGGGAAGCAAUAUUCGAGACAGCAAACCAAUUCUGCAGCCUGGGCUUCAAGGUUGCAGAAGUGCAGGAGGAAAACCGUUUCUUCUUCCAGGGCUAUGGCCUGGGGCACUGUGUGCCUGUGAGAGAUGGAACAGAGCUGGAGGCGACAAGCCUAUUUCAAUCUGCACAGCGCCCACCGAGGGACACAGAGUCCAUCCGACAGAGAUUCGUGGACAGGGCAAAGAGGAUUGACAAAAUCUCCCGAGCUGUUUUCCCAGUCACAUUCCUGAUUUUUAACAUUUUUUAUUGGUUGACGUACAAGAUCAUCCGGCAACGGGAUAUUCAUGAGGUUUAAAUCUCCAGGGUGUCUACUAUUCCAUGCUCCAUAACCGCAUCACACACACCUUCACUUACUCUCUUACACACUCUCACACACACUCGGAGGUGGCCCCGUGAGCAGAGGACGGGUGGUAGAUUCAGUAACUCCAUCACUAUCUGUUGAUCAGCUUCCCCAUCUCCGAUAUAUCAUCUCUUCAACCAUGGCUACAAUCUUCUCAUUUCCAUUUUUAAUCUUUGUCAAACAACUUGACACUUUGUGUUAAAUGUGAAGUGUAAGU